AUGUUCUCUUCGAAACUUUCUGUGGUUGCCGCUCUCCUUUUCACUUUGUCGCAGCGAGUUGCUGCUGAUGUUGGUGUGAUCCCGGCUCUGGGAGUCGCUGGAACGUUCACCAAGGAUGACGUCCAACCGUUCCUCGCCGGUGCCGAUUGCGGUACGAUCGAUGUGGCCUCCAAUAUCGAUAACUCGACUGCCGUCCCCGCUGCGGCUGACGGGUCCUUCAACGUUACUGGAAGUAGCUUUGCUCUCGGUGCCGAUGGCUCCACAACAGUCACGGCCACGGUCGAUGCGACCGGUAAGGGAAAUGCUUUCGACGCAUCUCUCCAGAUUACGCAGAACGGUGUUGCAAACCAGACCUCGGAGCCCAACUUGGACCCACUGUCGGCCGUUCUUCCCGACAACACUACCUGCACGGGUGGAGCUGCCGGAAACUUGUGUCUCGUGGCAUUCCGCACGGGUGGUGGUUUCUCAAAUUGCGUCGUGGUCUCGCAAGGCGCCUCCUCGAAUUUGAACUCUACCAGCGCUGCCAACAGUACCGACUCGUCUAACAGCACCACAACAUCUUCAUCCUCCAACAGCACGAGCACCUCGGAUCAGAAGAAGAAGAAGGCGAAGGCAGCUGCUGCCAAGGCAAAGGCAAAGGCCGCUCAGUCGGCCAAGAACGGCAACGCCAACUCUAACUCCACCAUAAGCGCAACUGGUUCCUCCAACAGCACCACGAGCGCGACCACAUCCGGGAAAGCCGCCAAGGCCAGUGCCAAAGCUGCCGCGAAAGCCGCUAAGGCCGCCAAGGCUGCCGCUGCCAGCUCUGCCUCUGCCGCUGCCGCUGCCUCUGCCACUGCUGCCGCCUCCGGCACAGAUAGUGCCAACAGCACGUCCACUGUGAACACCACAGCCCGGGCAUUGGUCGAGAGAACUUUCAACUCCCGCAUCGUUCGCAUCGCUCAAGACCGCCAGGCUUGA